AAGACGCUCAGUGGGGAGGGAGCCUUGGAUGCCAGAACUGCGGAAGAAAUGGAGCUCAUUCCCAACCUAUCUAUGGAAGCCUGGGUGCUGAUGGCUACUACCGUGUUGCUCAUCUACAUAUAUGGGACCUAUUCUCAUGGGCUUUUUAAGAAACUCAGAAUUCCUGGACCUAAACCUCUGCCUUUAUUUGGUAGCAUACAAGCCUACAGUGAAGGCAUGUGGAAAUUUGAUAAUGAGUGCUAUAAAAAGUAUGGAAAAAUAUGGGGAUUUUAUGAAGGCACAUGGCCUCUGCUGGCUAUCACAGAUCCAGAGAUCAUCAAAGCAGUGCUUGUGAAAGAAUGUUACUCGGUCUUCACAAACCGCCGGUCUUUUGGGCCAGUGGGAUUCAUGAAGAAGGCCAUCAGCUUAUCUGAGGACGAAGAAUGGAAGCGGCUUCGAACACUGCUGUCUCCAACCUUCACCAGUGGAAAACUCAAGGAGAUGUUCCCCAUCAUUGGACAGUAUGGCGAUACACUGGUGCAAAACUUGAGACGAGAAGAAGAGAAGGGGAAGCUCAUCAACACGAAAGACAUCUUUGGAGCUUAUAGCAUGGAUGUGAUCACUGGCACAUCAUUUGGAGUGAACAUAGAUUCCCUCAACAACCCACAGAAUCCCUUUGUGCAGAAAGCCAAGAAGAUCUUAAAGUUUCAAAUUUUUGAUCCAUUUAUCCUCUCUGUAGUUCUGUUUCCAUUUCUAACUCCAAUAUAUGAGAUGCUAAGUUUUUCCAUUUUUCCAAGACAGUCAAUGAACUUUUUCAAAAAAUUUGUCAAAAGGACGAAGGAAAAUCGUCUUGAUUCAAACCAGAAGAACCGAGUGGAUUUUCUUCAGCUGAUGAUGAACACGCAGAACUCCAAAGGCAAAGAGUCCCAGAAAGCUCUUUCUGAUCUAGAAAUGGCGGCACAAACUGUUAUUUUCAUUUUUGCUGGAUAUGAUGCCACAAGCACCUCCAUUUCCUUCAUAAUGUAUGAACUUGCCAUCCACCCCAAUGUGCAAAAGAAACUUCAGGAUGAGAUUGACAAAGCUCUGCCUAAUAAGGCACCUGUCACCUAUGAUGCCCUGAUGGGCAUGGAGUACCUGGACAUGGUGGUGAAUGAAAGUCUUAGAUUAUACCCAAUUGGAAACAGGCUAGAGAGGGUAUCAAAGAAAGACGUGGAAAUCAAUGGAGUGUUCAUUCCCAAAGGAACUGUAGUUAUGGUACCAAUAUAUCCUCUUCAUCGGGACCCAGCUCACUGGCCAGAGCCUGAGGAAUUCCGCCCUGAAAGGUUCAGCAAGGAGAACAAAGGCAACAUUAAUCCUUAUAUAUACAUGCCAUUUGGGAACGGACCCAGAAACUGCAUUGGCAUGAGGUUUGCCCUCAUCGGCAUAAAACUCGCCAUCAUCAGAGUCCUCCAGAACUUCACUGUGCAGCCUUGUGAGAAAACACAGAUACCCCUGAAAUUAAGCAGGCAACCGAUUUUCCAACCGGAAAACCCCAUCAUUCUGAAGGUUACGUCAAGAGAUAAGCCCAUAACUGGAGCAUGAAUUCUCGUCAGGAGCCAUGCUAUAUUUUUUUUCAAGGGGGCUGUGUCAGGGUACACCAAAGAAUUUAAUUUACCCUAGAAUGAAACCCAGAUUAUAUGAACUCAAUCAUAUUUCCUUGAUGACUGGGUAUUUAGAAAGUCAUUGACUAUGCUCAGUGU